GGAACUUUCAGCAACAUCGACUGGUCUAUACACGAUGCCGCAUGCUACAGCGCCCACAUCGGGCCUUCAGGCCUUCAUAUUGUGCGGCCCAGGCGAGUCUCUCAGCACGUUUACCUCAAAUCCAAAAGACCUCUCCAAGGCCAUGAUGCCAAUCGCAAACCGUCCGAUGGUCUGGUAUCCGCUGGAAUGGUGUUAUAGAAUGGGAAUCAACGACAUCACACUCAUCACGCCGCCCGAGUCACAACCAGCCCUGGAAGCAGCAUUGGCCACGAAUCCAGCACUGACAAGUUUACCAUCACCAAAGCCUGAGAUCUUGGCGCCUAAGGACUUGGAACAAACCACAGGAACCGGUGCCAUUCUCCGUCUAGCCGAAGUCCAGAAGCGCAUUAUCUCAGAUUUUGUAAUCCUCCCUUGCGAUAUUGUCUCAGAGCUGGACGGAAGCAGGAUAUUGCAACAAUGGAUGACUCUCAAUCCCCUGUCCUCCAGCAAGAAGCGUAAAGGUGGACUUGGCGUCUACUAUCCGACGCAAGGACUCGAAGGUAUCAGCAACAAGAAUGACGAAACCGACUUCAUCGCUACAACACCACUGCCACGACCUGCCGUGCCUCCACCACAUGGUUCUUUGCGGCCGGAAGUUGAGACUGUCGCCUUGAGCAUACCAACGGACUCUCUAAAGGACUCAAUCGAAGAAAACAACGGCGUAUUCAAGAUGCGCGUUCAAUUGACCCAAAAGUACGGUCGCGUCAAGCUGAAGAUGAAGCAUCGAGAUGCGCACGUCUACAUAUUUCCCAGAUGGGUCAAAGACUUUGCCGCACGGAAUGAAUCGUUCGACUCGAUUAGUGAGGAUGUCUUAGGCUGGUGGGCAAAAGCGCAGUGGCAGAAUGGCCUCGGCGAGAAGCUCGGACUGGACGAAGUGCUCAACCAGCACGAAGCCUCCCUCGAAGACAUGGAGAACUCUCAGAUCGAGGAGGACAUCGCCGACGCCGCGCAACUUUCAAGUACCAAGAUAUCGCUCCCCGUGCGGCCCGUAACAGACACCACUUUCGCAAGUCGAGUUGGCUCUCGCGCACCGCUAGCGAAAGGCCUCGAGCCGCUUGAGGUACCACCGCUGCUUGCGUAUAUUCAGCCGAUUUCGCCUUCUGGACUUCCAACGGCCGAUCAUCCUCUCAUACGCCGUAUCGACACAUCUGCUGCGCUGCUCAGUGUUUCGCUCUACCUUGCCAAACAGACCUUUCCCACCCACCUUCUUGCUCCAGAGCACAAGAUUCAUCCAUCAGCCAUUGUUGGCCUGCAAUCUCGAGUCGCUCAGGAAGACAGCCUUAUAGCCGAGAACGUCAAGAUCGGGACACGAAGUGUGGUCAAGGAAAGUGUUGUCGGCGCAAAUUGCGAGAUCGGAAACUAUGUCAAACUCACACGAUGCUUGCUGAUGGACGGCGUGAAGGUGGGAGACGGCGUUCAGCUGACCGGAUGUAUUGUUGGCCGGCGAGCACGUAUUGAGGGAGACCGGACGAAGCUUACAGAAUGUGAAGUCGCGCCAAAUUUUGUGGUGCAAGCGGGUACAGAGGCGAAGGGCGAAAAAAUGAUGGCAGAACUCGCGGGCAUGGAGGGCGAGAGCGAAGAGGAGGAAGCGACCGAGGAUGAUCUGGCUUGA